AUGGUCCUCCGACCUGUCGCCUGCCCGUUCACCCCGGAAUUCGAUACCCUGGUCCACGAACAACUCCAGAAAUGGAAAGUCCCCGGUCUCACGAUCGCCAUUGUCCAUGGCUCUAGCACUUAUUCCAAGGCCUACGGCAUUGCCUCCUUCCCGAACAAACCAAUGACGCCCGACGCGCUCUUCUCCACCUGCAGUACCACAAAAGCCUUCACAGCCGCCGCGGUAUCCCUAGCCAUCGAUGACAGUCAGAAAACCCCCUCGCCAGUAUCAUGGACCACGCCUCUUUCAUCCAUCAUCCGAGACGACUUCGUCCUGGCCGACGAGUCCGCCACUAACAACACGACCCUCGAAGACGCCCUCUCCCAUCGCACAGGUCUCCCAGGUCACGAACUCGCCAUGAUGAUUGCCUCUCCGAAGGAGAGUUUACAGCACGAAGUUCGAAAGCUGAGAUCCUUUCCCUUGUCCGAUGCACCGCGCACCGUCUUUCGGUAUUGCAAUCAUAUGUACAUGGCUGUUUCUUAUGCGAUUGAGAAAUUGACAGGGAAGAGGAAGAGUCCCGGGGCGAGUAGUCGGCUGGUCACGGGGUACACUUAUGUUCCAGAUAAAGACAGCUAUGUUGCCGAGCCGCAUCUGGGCUACGCGCCUACGACCGGCGCCGGGUCUAUGGUUAGCAAUGUCCUGGAUUAUGCGAAGUGGGUGCGUUAG